CUCCUCCUCAAAUGAAGAAAGAGUGAACAAGUGCGCCGAGCGCAGCUUCUCAGAGGCACCCGGGCUGGGGACGCGGGAGCGGAGGCUGCCACCCCCAGGCGCCCCAUCUUCUGGGCUGGGCUUUCCCCGCCUUCCUUUCUCUGUUUUACUCAGCUGCGCUCCCGCUUUCUGGAUUGUACCGGCUGUCCAGGAAACAGCGCGACACACCAUGGGUGGCCGCGUCCCCGUGCGGCCAGCGCUCCCGGCGUGAGAGGGCAGACUUCGCUCGGCGGCACAGGGAUUCUCUGAUUCAUUUCCUAUAGCAAGGAAAAGAAGCCGACAUGAAGGGGCGUGGGACUCCCACAGUGGUUUUCAUCCUACUUUUUCUCAGCAUCAGACUUCUGAAUGGAGAGUCGCCUCCUGGAAAACCUGUCAUCAUUAAAUGUCGUUCUCCUGACAAGGAAACGUUCACAUGCUGGUGGAGGCCGGGAAGCAGUGGAGGACUUCCCACCAAUUACACACUGACUUACCACAAGGAAAGAGAAAAUAUCACCUAUGAAUGUCCAGACUACAAUACCAGCGGUCCCAACUCCUGUUACUUUAGUAAGAAGUACACCAGCAUAUGGUCAAUGUAUGUCAUCAAAGUAAAUGCUAUUAACAAGAUGGGAAGCAGUUCCUCUGAUGCACUUCGUGUGGAUGUGGCUUACAUAGUUGAACCAAACUCUCCCCGGAAUGUGACUUUGGAAGUAAAACAGCCAGAAGACAGAAAACCGUAUCUAUGGAUAAAAUGGAUCCCGCCCAACCUAAUUGACCUAAUGUCUGGUUGGUUUGCACUAGAGUAUGAAGUUCGAUUAAAACCUGAGAAAGCAACUGAGUGGGAGACACAUUCUGCAGGGCAGCAGACACAUUUAAAGAUUCUCAGCUUACACCCAGGACAAAAAUACCUUGUCCAAGUUCGCUGCAAGCCAGAUCAUGGGUACUGGAGUAAGUGGAGCCAAGAGAACCUCAUUGAAAUUCCUGGUGACAUCAGCAUGAACAACGCAACUGUAUGGGUCUUUGUGGCCAUUCUCUCUGCUGUGGUCUGUUUGGUUAUGUUCUGGACAGUGGCUUUAAAGGGCUACAGAAUGAUAACCUGCAUCUUUCCACCAAUUCCUGGGCCGAAAAUAAAAGGAUUUGACACUCAUCUGCUAGAGAAAGGCAAGACUGAAGAACUCCUGAGUACCUUGGGAUGCCAAGACCUUCCCCCAACUUCUGACUGUGAGGAGUUGCUGGUGGAGUUUUUAGAAGUAGGUGACUCUGACGACCAGCAGCUAAUGCCAGCUUUUUCCAAAAAAUACCCAGGUCAAGUUGUGAAAUCCCAACAUCCAGAUCCCGAUAAUGACUCUGGCCAUGGAAGUUGUGACAGCCCUUCCCUUUUGUCUGAAAAGUGUGAGAGACCCUGGGCCAAUCCUCCCACUUUCCACACUCCUGAGGUCAUUGAGAAGCUAGAGAAUCUGGAAGCAAAUAUUACCUGCACCUGGGACCCCCAGACCAGAAGCACAGAAGACAAAAUCCUUCACUUCCAUGCUAACGGAUCCAGAUCCUCAACCUGGCCUUUACCUCAGCCUACCCAGCACAACCCGAAGUCUCCUUACAACAGCACUGGUGAAGUAUGUGAGCUGACCAUGGGCCCCAAAGCUGCAGUGGCCACUGUGUUAGACAAAUCAGGCAGAGAUGCUUUGAAAUUCUCUAAAACCAUUGAGGCUGGAGUUGGGGGAAAGGCAGUUGAGCAGAUUGAGGUGGAAAGCUUCCCUUCUAAGACUGAGCAAGACACAGCAUGGCUUCUGCCCCAGGAAAAAGGCCCCUGCAUCCCUGCUAAACCCCUGGAUUAUGUGGAGAUUCACAAGGUCAACAAAGAUGGAGCACUGUCAUUGACCCCAAAACAGAAAGAAAGCAUUGACCAGACAGAGAAGCCACAGGCUCCCGAAAAUUGUAAAGAGUAUGCUAAAGUGGCCAGAGUUAUGGAUAACAACAUCCUGGUGUUAGUGUCUGAUCCACGAGCUCAAAACAAAGAGGCUGUACCACCCCUUCAGCAGAAUCAAACUGAGAAAGACACAGGCUACAACACUGCAACACCAAGCAACUGCAGACUCCAGCGGGGUGGUUUGGAGUACAUGGACCCUGCAAGCUUCAUGUGCUCCUUUCAUGGGCAGGUUGAUUAAUGAAAUGAUCGGUGAUAAUGUGAUUUUUCUUCAGGUACCACUACAGAGUUAUGAAAAACCAUCUGCUAAUGAUGUUUAAGAAUGUGGGUAGAAUAGCACUACUUCGCUCCUUUUCAUGGUCCAUGCACAGCCACUUGCCUCUUUCUUCAACAGCUGAUUUCCAAACGAAUUAUUUUGUCUCCAUGAUUUGUAGAUUUACUUUUUUCUAUUAGUUAUAAAAAUUAUGUGUUCAGUGAAAUAAAAGCACAUUGCUUAGUACUCUUGAUGGACACUGCCAAUGGGGCAUAUCCUCUGGGAAAGGCUUUGGUGUUAGUGUGUGUCAGAAGGCAAUGAAAAGAUCAAAAUGGUUUUGCACAAGAAGGUGACAGAUACACAGCAAAUGAAAACCACUUUUGAAGACCAAUUGCCUAACUUUUACACUACUCCUUCAUUUUAUUAGGAUUAUUCCAAUAAAACACAUUUAAUGAAAAUGCAUUCCAGAAUAACUGAAGAAUUGUUUGCACCAAUUCCUAUACCUUACUAACACACUGUUGAUAUGCGAGUGAAAUGACAACCCUAAUUUUCUCUUAAGAUAGUUCGAAUGUGUCAGGUAUGUGUUUCUCCCCUAAAUUUUAUUUCAUUCUGAAGUCUCUAUAUAGCUUUGGAAAGUAAAAUUCUCUGCUGCACAAGAGGCAAAUGAAUCAUGUGGUGAAUCUUUUUAGGAUGUUUUCCUGUUUCACUUCAGCAAGUUAGAUAAUUAAUUAUACACCCUAGUCUUUGCUUAGUGAAAAAAAUUCCCAAAGACAAACUUUAAAAGACAAACUUUAAAAGAAUCACAGCAGGAUGCUAAUAGAAACACUGCCUUACUGUACAUACAAAUUCUACUUUAAUACAAGCCCAUAAGUUUAGCAAUGUAUUUUUGAAGACUAUUUUUCUACUGAUUAGGUAAAACAAAGGACUAUUUUCUAUUUUCCCGGUACAGUUCUUUAAGUAUUCAGUGGAUACAGUACUUGCUGCUACAAGGUGACAAUGAGUAUUCGAGGUAUAUAUGCAGUUCUUGUUUGUGGGGUAAAAUGCCAUAUGAAAUAGAUGACAAAAUUCAGUUUCCAACACAAUGGAGUAUAUUCUUUGAUUCUUUUUAUGUCCAGGAUACCUUAAGCUGAAACAACUACCCCCAACCUAGGGUUUUAGGGCUCUCCACAGACCAGAAUAGAUUUUGCCUGUGGCUUCAGGGCUAUUCUAGGGCUUUGGCCUAUCAACAAGUGUAUCUUCAUAAAGCUACCAUAAAAAUGGAGGAGAAUGUGAUUUCUAACACCUGUUAGGUUUUGUUUUGUUUUUCUGAGCACUUUUUGGCAGCAGAAGAAUUUUAAGAAAAACCAGGAGCUAGUACCUCUCUGGAAUAUAUCUAUUUGCAAAACGUUGGCAGAGGUAGAUACCAUACUCAUAUCAGAAGUGUUCAAAUAAAAGUUCAAGGAAAGCAGACAUCUGUAGAACAUCAGGAACAUCUCCAGAACUCGAGGUAUGGUAGUGGGAGUCUGCACAUCAGUUCCAAGGGUAGGCUCCUUGAAACUGGUUGAAGCUUGGAUUUCCAUUUUAAUGGGAGCAUCCAUUACUUAUCUACUGCUCAAACUGCUUCCUUAUAUUUUUCAUUUUACCUCUUGACAAAUCCAUCUUCUUUUCAUUCACUACAUGGACAUAAAGAAAAGGAAACUCACUCUGCAAGUUAAACAUUCACUUCCAUAUUGAUAGGAACUGGACACAGAUGUUUCCUGAUGAAUGAAAGUGAAUACUUUACCAGUGCUUUGUGAACUGCAAAAGUAAAAGAUCUGAAGCUUUAUUUUCCCAGUACAGUGUACAAACAACUUCUUGUGAGUGAAGGAAGCAUAAAUAAAGUUUUCCAUGCUCAUUCCAUCUCAUAUCCUCAAUACUCAGUGUGUGAGAAGUAACUGUAUGGGAAUCACCCAGCCACUGCUUGAAAAUUUUGUUUGCAGAAUCUCAGGCUCCAGACCAGACCUACAAAAUCAGCAUCUGCAUUUAAGAUCUAGAUGAUUCCUUGUACGUUGAAACCUGAGAAGCACUGUCCUAGAUGACCAUUUCCACUGAAGGUUAUCUUACUGCAUGCAAACACUCCUCCACAGGAAAGUACAGAUCCAGUCUGUGUAACUUACAAUGAACAAGCCUGUCUGUAAGAGAAGGCAAAAAAAAAAACAAAUCUAUUAGUGGUUAAGGUGUACAUAAUGGCAUUUUGUUUAUAUGAAUAUGAUAAAAUUUCUAUAUCUGUAUACAUAUGUCUUAUAAUUUUAAAACAAAAAUAAUCUGAUUUUGAGAUAUAAUUUUACAUAUAUGAAGAAUAUUUUGGCUGGCUAAAGAUUCUAACCAAAUCUCAAAAAAGCACCAAUUAGUAAUCAUUAAAUAAAGUCAAGACUACAAUCCCAUCAACGCUAUGAUCAACUGUCACUGUGUAAGUUUUGUUUUUUUCAUGGCCUAAAAUAUUUUUUCUUAAGGAGACAGCCCUUUGUAUGGAAGAAUGCAUACUAGAGUUGAAGAGACCUGGAUUCUAGUCCUAAAUGUUUUACCUUGGAGAGACUAAGUCCCUUCUGUCUCAGCUUCUUCUGAAGAAAACAUUGGAAACAAUAAUCUCUAAGAUCCUUUUAAACUCUGAGUCCUUGCUUCCAUGACUCACUAAAUAUUUUCCCACAAAGAUAAUUUGAACCAAUGCCUUGUAUCUUAAUUAAGCUAUCAAAUAAUUGAAAUAAUUGGUCUUCAUUAUGGAAAUACAAAGUAAUCAUCAGUGAUGCAUUCAUCGUACUUCAUUUUUUAAAUCAUCAGCUCCAACUGGUCUUAAUAUAUUUCACAUGCACUUUAUUAGUUAUGUAGGCACAGAAUCAUAUCUAAAAUUGUGUGCAAACACAUAGAGAUGAGAAACCUAAGAUAGAAAAUAGACGUGUGGGAAAAUUCAAUGACUCUUUAACUGAUCUCUAAUGGAAGCAAGUCUUGUUCACUCCUCAUGUAGUCCAGCAGCCUCAAACCUUUUUUCUAGCUAUUGAUAGAUAGCCAGAUCUAUCUGCCUAUGACCAAUAUCUGCCUACUGAUCAUAGUUUACAAAUAAUCAUUUCCCAAGUGACUUAUAGAGCCUUAUGCUCUGAGUUAUGAAAAUUCAUACUUUUAUUAACAAAUACUUAAAUAUUUAAGUUAUAAAGCACAUGGAACCUGGGUAGAGUCAAUAAAUGACUUCUGGGAGCUUAUCAUUCAAAUGGCAAAACAUUCCCUGACAACGGGCGCCCCAAGGUGAGCACAAGUUACUACAGAACAUCACUGAUUUUUGUGGAUGUUACAUUUUCCUAAGUGCCUAAGACCAAUACUGGGGGUCAGUUAUGGACUAAAGAUUCAAACUGAUUUGGUCUGAAGAAAUAGGUCUUUUACUGUCUAUAUAACAUCAAAGAAGUUUGACUCUUUGCCCUAUGAUGACCCAACUGAACCGGUGAGGAAAUCAGGCUAGAUGACCUAAAUUAAUGAGCAACCAGAGGCACCCAAGUUCCAAGUAGUAGUUCAUCUCUGGAGGAAAGCUGGCUUUCUCUGUUUUGAGCUGCCCUCUGCUGCCCAGCAUUUGCAGAAAGAGUUGGCCCUGCCCUUAGUACCUUCCCUAUCUCCCUAGAAUAGACAAGAAAGAAACCAAUUUGUAUGUUUUUAGGAAGUGCCUUUACUUUUAUAAAAAGCUUUCAUUUUGCAAGAAAGUUCUAUUGAGUGGAAAGUAAAAUAUACCUAAUGUAAAUUUCUCUUAAAUGAAUUGAGAGAUGAAAAAAGAGAGGCUAGAAAGGAAAUGAUAAAAUGGUCUAAGGACUAACCAGCACAGUGUUCAAUGGUUUUUGUAUAUUGUCCCAUUGAGUUACCAUACAGCUGAUGUGAAUAGUGUAACUUAAUUUGUCGGAUAAGAAAUUGAGUCUGGGGGCUGGCGAUACAGCAGUGGUAUAAGCGCCCACCUGGCAAGCACAAGGUCCUGAGUCUGAUUCCCAGUACAAAAAAGGAAAAAAAAAAAAAAAAACCUUGAGUCUAGCUACGAUUGUAGGAUAAAUCUAUCACCCUAUUAUUCUAGCGUCUCCAUUUAAAAACAUUGGUGAACUUUUAAGUAUCACUGAAUUGCAUGUAAGUGCCUGAAAAAGAUAAUUGUACACUUUGAAAUUUUGCACACAGAUGGAAAAAUAUUAAUGACUGAACCCCUCUUCCUAGUGCUGCUAACAUAGAUUUGCUAUUGAUUAAGCCUUGUGUGUACUUCAGUGAGCAAAUUUCCUUUUCUGCCCUUUAGACUCAAGCACAAUAUUGUUCUUACUAAGAUAGUAACUGAGUACUCAAUGUUCAGCUCUAGGUCACCUCAUUGUCACUAAACAGGCUAGAUGACCUUGCUUAAGUUCUUUAAAUUCUUGUCACUAUUUCCUCAUUUGCUCAAUGAGUGAGUCGGCCAAAAAUGCUUCUAACAUUUCCAGCUCUGUCUUUAAUUCUCUUAAUCUAGGUAAUCCAAACCUUCAAGUCAAAGGCCUAGGUGCCAUCUCUUGCUGACAUGUUCCUGACCUAACCAGUGAAUUCCUGACUCAGUGUGUCUGCAAAAAUGCUUCAGAGAAAAACAGAUUCAUUUCUUAAGGUCCAAUAGAUUGAAUGUCUUCAUGUCCCCUUUUCCUUCCUUCCUAGUUUACAUUGUAGGUGGUCACUGCCUCUCUUCUCCUACAGGCUAAAUAUGUACAGUAGCAACCAUAGAAUCCAGAACACACAAAAUUACUCAUAAACAAUUAUUUUGGCCCUGCAAAGAACAGAUCAAAUAUGAAAUCACCAUACAGAUAUCCAAGCCCAAGCUGAGGGUCACAAGUAAACCCAUUUAGAGAUUCACAUGAGUAAAGAUUUGAGUCUAUAUUCAUUAUUUAGUUAACUCAAAGACCAUCAAUGAAUCCAAGCUAUCCUAUUGACUAGACACUAGAAGUCUUAGAAGAAACAAAAAUAUACAGUGAUUGCUUUAGAGCUUACGAACUAACCAGAAACUGUAUUUAUAAUUGCAGCCUAGAUUUAUUUUAUGUUUAACAAAUACAUCUGUAAAAUUAUCUAUAAAUCAAACAGAAGUUCUCUCCAAACUUUUGUUUCUCAGGGAAGUGAAUUUUUUUAUUGGGACACUGUGAUAUCUAUUUCAGUUUAAGUAAAAAGAACAGAAGAUAACAGGUUAUUUCCAAAGUUCUAGGCAUCUCAGUGUGCUAAUAAAUGCCAAGAUUACCUACUAAACCCAAUGUUAGAAAAAGGACGAAUCUAUUAAUUCUCUCAGUUUAUGGCCAUAAAAUCUGGAAAUGCACUUAAUUUACACCAAAGGCUGGCAGCUAUUCUGUCCAUAAUGAUUCCUUUGAUUUAUACCCUAAAUUCAAUUAAACACCAUGGAGACGUGCACAGUGGAAAGAUAUAACCUGUUUAAACGGUGUAUCAACCUACACUUUGCCUGCUGCUAUUUUAAAAAUAAAAAAACAACUCUAAAAUCUUUGGGAACCCUAUACUUUGCCUGCUGCUAUUUUAAAAAUAAAAAAAAAAGCUCUAAAAUCUUUUGGAACUAAAGCAGUAAUAUUAGAAAUAACCUUUAAUAGUUAUGGUCAAAUUGUGCUUAAUCUGGAUAAACUUCAAAAUACUGAGUUUUUCUGAGCACAUUUUGCAAAUCUUCAGGCAGGAUCUUUCUGUCAUAUUAUCUGAAAUUGGGAAUCUAAGCAAAUUUACUUCUGAAAAAUUACUUGCUUUAUAAAAGUCCUGAAAAAAAUGACACUGAAAUGACAAGAUUCCCUCUGUGUCCUAAUAACCUUCAUUCAGAUCUACUUAUAAAAAGAUAUUACAUCUCAUGCUUUGACCGUUUCAGUGGCGUAUGUAGUUGUCUUACGACAUUACUGACUUUAAUCAAUAUUGUAUACCAUAUUGUUUUAUGCGUUUGAAAAUACUAUAUGUCACAUUAAACUAUAUACUCCUUAUGAAACACAUCAUGUAAUGGAAAUGAAAAUCAUUAUUUAAUGACAUAAUUUAUCUAUACAUAAUUUCAAUGUGAUCCUGUCUGUCUAUAAAACAAAACUAAAAAUAUGUAAUAAUAUAUUUGUGGAAACUGUGAAUGCACUAAUUUUUUCUGUGAUCUGUCUAGAAGUAAUAUAUGCAGUUAUGCAGCUGUUCUGGGCGUUAUGUGUUUAAAGUACAAUCUAACAACUGCUUAAAUGUCAACUCCUCCACUUUGCUUCAUGUGACUACUGAGUCUUCAUGUGUGUUUGCAUCAUGAAUCUGGCGUUUUCACUUCAUCAUUCAUUGAAACAAUUUAAGAUUCUCAUGUGGAAACCAAAGCAAUCUAGACCCCACCCACUGAGUGAUUUUGUCUCUUAUAAAGCCAUAUUGAAGUGAAGUCUGUGCCACAGUACAAAGUUCCAUAUUUUCAAAGCUACCACUACCUCUGCUUUUUCCCUAGAAAAUGCCAAGCAAACUUCAACAUUAAGUAGGAAACCAGAUGUGAUUGUUACGGUAUAUUGCUGGAGUUAUUUUUGUAGAUUAUACCUUCUAAUUCACCACUUUGCAGGUUUUUUCUGUUUUCUGAGUAACCACCUUUUACAUUGUUAUAUUUUAUUUAGAAAAACUGGCUGAUGAGUGAAAUUCAAAAUGAAUACAUAGUCAUCAAAUUAAAAAAAACCCAGAUACAGGUUUACUUCUUGUAAGUCACUUCACAGCGUUUGCCCAAAGCCAUGAUAAUGUAUGCAAUUAUUGAAAAUGCUCAGCUCAGUGCCUCGCUCAGUAGACGUUUCCUUCCACUGCUUACCUUUCCUCUCUUUUUUUCAUACUUGAAACACAGAAGAGCAAAUUUACAUGUACGUUGCUGAAACAAUUUUCUUGAAAAGUGUUUGCUGCUAACAGAUCUAUAAUCAGGAAUACAAUUUAAUUUCUCUAAAUACCUUAAAAAUAAACCUUUUCCUUAUUUGAUUUUAGACAUCAAAUACACUAUGGUAUGGGAAACAUCAGCCGUUUAUCGGAAAUAAUUUCAAUUUAGUUUUUAAAACUCAUCUCUAUGUUUUUGUUAUAAUGUCAUUGUUUCUCCUUUUUAACCUCCAAGAGGUAUAGACUACAGUCUUCUGGUUGGUUAUCUUGCAUUUCUUAUUCUGUAAAUCUUUGAUUAUUGCACAUUAUGGUUGCUGUUUUCCAAGGAUUUAUUCAUCUGCGUCCUUCUAUUUCACAGGAACAGCAUGGACAGUUAAAUCUUUAAAUCUUUGUCAGUAGAAUGGGAGAUUAUGCUAACUGCUAUUCUCACAUCUUCAUUUUUACUGCAUGCCAAAAACAAUGCUUGCCAAACAAAAUUUUGGAUAGCCUAGUGUAAUAUGAUUAUUAUGUCUCUAUUUAUGUCAUUAUUCAAAACACCCAGCUCAGUGUUUGACUCAAUAAAUGUUUAUUUCUCUUGCCUA